AGGAGGGCGAGAAUGAUCCCAGCUUAGCUCCCACUCCUCUUAUCACUAUCUUAAUCAUCAUCAUCGAUUCCCGGCUGCACAGAUCCAGCAGAUCCGGACUCCAGACUCGACUCCGUUUUCCCCACUCGACUCCCAGCGCUGCCAAUCGGAGCUAAAGAGUUGUGUCCCUCCGGCCGCCAUUAAAGGAUACGACCCAUGUAUUCAAACAAGAAGCCCAGCGAGACUCUCCGCUGAGAAGCGGGCGAAUGUUUCGUCUUCCUGCCGUGUUCGCAGUUCGGCUGUGGCAGAUGUUUAGCGGAGCGUUUUCAGUGUGAACGCGCGUGUUCCGGAGAGCGGUAUAGCGGUUUAUUCGUCUUUAAUUAACCGAACACUUCGGCUCGACUCGGCUGGCUGGGUUGCCAAUCGGUUAGCAAGCAGGCUAAAUGUUAGCUAGCCUGUUAGCUAAGGCUAGUGGCCGUCAGAUGCUAACUACUCUGCUAAGUAAAGGGGGAGGGGUGAAUUUACCUCCGACGGUUUAAUUCAUCUUAUUUUAUUUUAAUUUUUUUAUCGGAUGCGUCACGUUUUUUUUAUUUAAAAAUAAGGUAUUCAGUCUUUUUUUUUUAAAGCAUAGCCAGCUUUCCAGCAUGGCUAAUCUCUGUUUUCCACAACAGCUGAGCGGACGUUAGCGAGUUGAACAAGAGGAUUUGAAGAGUUAGCUGAGCGGCUAGCUAACUUGCUGGAGACGUCUUGACGGGUGAUUGUGUUCCGAGAGUCGGGCUGAGGGCUGACUCGGCUUUUUCUGCCUCUGCCCGGGAAAGGUACUGGACAAUACUCGCCCCCACCCCCCCCAAAGCUCCGUUGCCGUGCUUGUGAGAUGAUGGACAGACUGUCUUCGCCCUGAGGAUGAGUUCUUGUUUCGUACCCAACGGGGCCAGCCUGGAGGACUGCCAUUCUAACCUCUUCUGUCUGGCUGACCUCACAGGCAUCAAAUGGAAGUGCUUCGUAUGGCAGGGCCCCACGUCGUCCCCCAUCCUCUUUCCAGUAACCGAGGAGGACCCCAUCCUGUGCAGCUUCAGCCGGUGCCUGAAGGCAGACGUGCUGAGCGUCUGGCGGCGCCACCAGACUCCUGGACGUCGUGAGCUUUGGGUCUUCUGGUGGGGUGAUGACCCUAACUUCGCCGAGCUCAUUCACCACGAACUCUCGAGUAAUGAAGAUGGGGUGUGGGAGAGUGGCCUCACCUAUGAGUGCCGCACGCUGCUCUUCAAAGCCAUCCACAACCUGCUGGAGCGCUGCCUCAUGAACCGGUGCUUUGUGCGCAUCGGCAAGUGGUUCGUGAAGCCCUACGAGAAGGAUGAAAAACCCAUCAACAAGAGUGAGCAUCUGUCCUGCGCCUUCACCUUUUUCCUGCAUGGAGACAGCAAUGUGUGUACCAGUGUGGAGAUCAACCAGCACCAGCCUGUCUACCUGCUGAGUGAAGAGCACCUGACCCUGGCCCAGCAGAGCAGCAGGCCACUGCAAGUGAUUCUCAGUCCAUAUGGUUUGAGUGGGACUCUAACGGGUCAGUCCUUCAAGCUCUCUGAUCCUCCAACUCAGAAGUUAAUAGAAGAAUGGAAGCAGUUCUACCCCAUCAGCCCCAACACCAAGGAAACUUUAGAGGACAAGUUGGAUGAUCUAGACUGGGAAGAUGACUCCUUGGCUGCUGUGGAGGUUCUUGUUGCCGGGGUGAGGAUGGUGUACCCUGCCUGCUUGGUGCUGGUGGCCCAGUCGGACAUCCCGGCCCCAGCUGCAGUAAGUUCCUCAGGCGCUGCUGCGGUGGGCUCUGGAGGCCAGCACUGUCACACAACCCACAGAGAACCAGCCAUCUCCUCGGUCACACUCACUCCUCCAACUUCACCUGAGGAGGCCCAGAAAGUCUGGCAGCCUGCUCCCAGGUGGAUGAAAGUGUCUGCAGUGUCAGAUGGCUUCAACAUAGACAGCACCAGUCAUCAUGGGGGCAAGGUUCCCCGCAAGCUGGCCGGCCAAUUAAUGGAGACAGUAUGGCAGGAGUGCAACAUUAACCGAGCUCAGAACAAAAGAAAGUUUUCAGCUAUGACCAGUGGUGUAUGUGAGGAGGAGCUGGACAAAGCUGGUGUUUGGAAUUUCGUUGAACCCUCUCAAAGGGCUCAAUGCAGUUGCUCAAGGCAUAAAAACCCGAGGCAGCGAACAGGUAGCACUCCAGGCCUUCCUCCCUCAUCUGGCCAACCCCCCCAGCCCCCUUCCAAACCCAAGGGGAUGGACAAGUUGGAGAAGGCAGAGAAGCAGCAGAAGAGGCCUCAGACUCCAUUCCACCACCGUAGCCCUGAGGAGCCGACCCUGGAGGCAGAAGUGGGCAACCAUAGGCUCAGCUUGCACGGCCAGGAGGACAACCAUUACCCCAGUCUCCACCAUGUGGAUGUUACCAUGGUCAAAACCCAAACACUGCACACAUCUGGAGAUGUUGUUGGGUCGCCUCAGCCUCCACCACUCAGCCCACAUCCCUGUGAACGUGAGGACGAGACAACAGGGGAGUUAAAACGCUCUUCCACACCCCUUCACCAACCAUUUUACCCUCCACCAACAGAGCCUUGCUUGUUGCCUCAAAAAAGCGUAGACGACUCUUCCCUAGACCCUGUGCCCUCAGACUGCCCAACGUCUUACCAAGACCCCCUGGAGCCCACUGUGUAUGUGGGCUCCGCCAUCAAUCCCAAUGAGGACACAAAUCACAACCCCUGGAGGUACUUCAGACUACCUGGCAAAAACAAUGCAAACCUGCAGACACCCUCACUUCCAAUGGACAAACUGAGGCAGGACAGCAGUGGAUGUGGAGGCCUGGACACCAUUUCAGUCACUGAGAUGAUGUCAACUUCUGUGAUGCAACUGAAGGUGUCGGAGGAACGUGUGAAGAUGUACAUACAGAAGAAGAACCAGUAUCUCUCAGCGGCUGUGUGUGAUGCAGACCAAGAGCUGGACAUGGACCCUUAUGCUUUUGUAGAGGGAGAUGAUGAGUUCACCUUUUCUGAUAAAGAGAAGAAGUCUGGCGCAGAGCCUGGCAAGAGAAAUAAGAGGGACGAUGGUAGUGUUUCUUCAACUGAGGAUGCCAAUGGCUCAGCCAGCAAUAAACCUCUCCCUUCCACCAGCCUGAUGCACGUGACUGACCUGGCUGUCUCCAUUAAUGAUCUAGACAAUCUCUUCAACUCGGAUGAAGACGAGCUUGCGCCUGGAGCUAGGAGAGCAGGGAGUGGAACAGAGGAGACAAUUGGUGGCAAGGAGCCCAAAUCAGCAGCAACUGACAGCCUGUCCUAUAUAAGUUCUGCAGACAUGCAGUCGUCUUUCCCCACACCUCCAUCUCUGGAGCAGCACAUUAUGAGCUUCUCCCCCAUGAACAUGGGUGGUAAGGAGUGUGGCUCUGUGGAAGCUCCGCCAGGCUUCACUCUGAUGGAUGGACUGGCUCUCUGCAGCACAUUUAAAAUGGAGGUGGAGGAGGGCUUCUGCAGUCCCAAACCCUCAGAGAUCAAGGACUUCUCUUUUGUAUUCAAGCCGGAGUCCUGCCAGACAUUCGUGGGCUGCUCUCUCUUUGCUCCUCUGAAGAUGCUUCCCAGCCAGUGCCUGCUGCCCAUCAAGCUGCCGGAGGAGUGCGUUUACAGGCCCAGCUGGACUGUGGGCAAACUGGAGAUGCUCCAGCCAGUGACUGCCAUGUCAUUCCUCAACAAGGACAGUAACAUUCCCAGUGUGGGUAGUGCUGUGGACCAAGACUACAACCAGACAUACACUCCUCAGACCCACACUCCCUUCUUGUCGAACAGCGCUCCACCCAGCAACAGCGGUACAGGCAUCCUGCCAUCUCCUGCCACCCCUCGCUUCUCUGCCCCCACCCCACGGACCCCACGCACACCCCGCACGCCUCGAGGCCCGGCCAGUGUGCAGGGCUCUCUGAAGUAUGAGAAUUCGGACCUCUACUCACCCGCCUCCACCCCUUCCACCUGCAGGCCUCUGAAUUCUGUGGAACCGGCCACUGUGCCCUCAAUCCCAGAGGCCCACAGCCUAUAUGUCACCCUCAUCCUCUCAGACUCCGUAAUGAACCUGUAUAAGGACUGCAACUUUGACAGCUGCUGUAUCUGCGUGUGCAACAUGAACAUCAAGGGUGCCGAUGUGGGCGUGUACAUCAGUGACCCCAGCCUGGACUCGGAAUACUCUAGCAUGGAUCCCUGUACCUGCGGCUUCAGCGCUGUUGUCAACCGGCGCUACGGCAACGGAGCUGGUCUCUUCCUCGAAGACGAGCUAGACAUCGUGGGUAGGGGCUCUGAUGCUGGUCGGGACACAGAGAAGCACUUUGAAGCUCUGCGGGCCUCCUCCCUGCACAGAAGAGGCGCUCUGAGAGAAUGCCUCUCGGAUGAGCUUAUCCUGCUGCUGCAGGAGCAAUGCACCAACCCCUUCUCCUCCCUAGCCGGGCUGGAGCCCAUCAGUUCAGACCUCCGGCUGCCUCUGCGCCUGGAGGAGAGAGACUGUUACUCUGACUGCUACCUAGCCCUGGAGCAUGGGCGCCAGUUUAUGGACAACAUGUCUGGUGGAAAGGUAGACGAGACGCUGGUCAGGAGUUCAUCUCUGCAUCCAUGGGCCAAACGUAAUGCUGUGGAUUUGAGUUCGCUGUUCUCUCAGGAUGUGCUGAGGAUGCUGCUGUCUCUGCAGCCUGUGCUGCAGGAUGCCAUCCAGAAGAAGAGGUCGGUUCGCUCCUGGGGAGUCCAGGGCCCUCUUACCUGGCAACAGUUUCAUAAGAUGGCUGGCAGGGGAACCUAUGGCACUGAUGAAUCUCCUGAGCCUUUACCCAUCCCUACCUUUCUGGUGGGUUAUGAGUACGACUUCAUAGUACUGUCACCUUUUGGCCUGCCUUACUGGGAGAAGCUGCUGCUAGAUCCUUUUGGCUCCCAGAGGGAUAUCGGCUAUGUGGUGGUGUGUCCUGACAGUGAGACUUUGCUCAGUGGAGCGAAAACCUUCUUCAAGGACUUGACUGCUGUGUAUGAGUCAUGUCGGCUUGGUCAGCACAGGCCCAUCUGCAAGUCCCACGCCGAUGGCAUAGUCACAGUGAGCAGUGGUGGCUCAAAGCCUCUGACGGAGCAGCCUCUCAGUGACUGGUUUCUCAAGAUGUGUAACAGCAGCAACAGCGACUCCUUCACCAAACUCAAACUCUAUGCUCAAGUGUGCCGACAUGACUUGGCUCCAUACCUGGCAGCCCUGCCCUUAGACAGCUCUCUACUCUCCCAGCGAAACCCUUCCUCCUGCUCAUCGUCCUCCUCACAGCCGGCCAACUCCAGCAGCACUCCCACUACCACCAGUACUUCCAUGGCCAGUACUACUGUCAGCACACCAACACCCACCACUACCUCCUCUAACUCUCAGGGCAUUGGAGGCUUAUCUGCCAAACCCGGCCCUCUUCCUUCGUUUGGAGCUCCGAGUCUGCAGGGCACUCAGCAGGCUGGUGCCCAGGGUACAGGCAUCAUGGGGGACAGUGCAACAACUACCAGCCAGCCUCAGGCCCCUCCUGAGCCUCCUGAGAGCACUAUGGAGAGGGAGAAGGUGGGAGUGCCGACUGAUGGAGACUCUCAUGCGGUCACCUACCCGCCUGCCAUUGUGGUUUACAUAGUGGAUCCCUUCAGCUAUGAAGAGAAAAACAGAGGCUCUAGCUCCAGUGUGUGGACUCUGGGGCUUCUCCGCUGCUAUGCAGAGAUGCUGCAGUUUCUUCCUCCCCAUAUCAGGAAUGCUGUGUCUGUACAGAUAAUUCCCUGCCAGUACCUGCUACAGCCAGUGUGUAGUGAGGAGCGGCACAUGUACAGCCAGCAUCUGAAGUCCCUGGCUUUCUCUGUGUACACGCAGUGCAGACGGCCUCUUCCCACCUCCACAAAUGUCAAAACACUAACGGGUUUCGGCCCUGGUCUUGCUAUGGACACUGCAUUACAGAGCUCUGAGAGACCUGAAUGUCUCCGGCUCUACGCACCGCCGUUCAUCUUGGCCCCCGUUAAGGACAAGCAGACAGAACUGGGUGAAACUUUCGGCGAAGCAUCGCAGAAGUACAAUGUGCUUUUUGUUGCCUACUGCCUGUCGCAUGACCAACAGUGGCUGCUGGCCACCUGCACGGACCAGUAUGGAGAGCUGUUGGAGACAUGUAUUAUAAGCACAGAUGUACCUAACCGAGCACGUAGGAGAAAGGGGUCAGCCAGACGGCUGGGCCUUCAGAAGCUGUGGGAUUGGUGUCUAGGACUGGUGCAGAUGACCUCGCUGCCUUGGAGAGUUGUGAUUGGCCGUCUUGGCAGGAUAGGCCAUGGGGAGUUGCAAGAUUGGAGCAUCUUGCUGAGCAGACGGAAUCUACAGUCUCUGAGCCGCCGCCUGAAGGAGAUGUGCAGAAUGUGUGGCAUCUCUGCCGCAGACAGCCCCAGCAUCCUGAGUGCCUGUCUGGUUGCCAUAGAGCCUCAGGCAUCUUUUGUCAUCAUGCCAGACUCUGUGUCCACUGGCUCUGUGUUCGGCCGCAGCACUACUCUGAACAUGCAGACGUCUCAGCUCAACACCCCUCAGGACACCUCCUGUACCCACAUCCUGGUGUUCCCCACUUCUGCUGUGGUUCAGGUCAUCGAUAUGCCAUUCAACCCCAUCCACGAUGCAUCAGAUGCUAUGGGAGGAAUGGAUGGGAUCCUGGACCUGCUGUAUGAGAAUGAUAUGGACCCUGACCUCAUGAACAUGAUACCAAACUCUCCCACCACCUCUCCAGUGCACUCACCUGGCUCACACUACCACCACGGAGGAGACGGCAGCAAAGGCCAGAGCACAGACCGCAUGGAGUCUCACGAUGAAACUCCCAACAUCCUGCAGCAGCCCAUGGCUCUGGGAUACUUUGUGUCCACAGCCAAAGCAGGCCCACUGCCUGACUGGUUCUGGUCUUCCUGCCCUCAGGCUCAGAACCAGUGUCCCCUGUUUCUAAAGGCCUCUCUGCACCUGCAUGUCUCUUCUGUGCAGUCAGAUGAGCUGCUACACAGUAAACACUCCCAUCCUUUGGACUCCAACCACACCUCAGAUGUGCUCAGGUUUGUACUGGAGCAGUACAAUGCCCUCUCCUGGCUGACCUGUGACCCUGCCACACAGGACCGCCGCUCCUGUCUGCCCGUGCACUUCGUGGUGCUCAAUCAGAUGUACAACUUCAUCAUGAACAUGCUGUAAGAGUGCCGGGUGGCAGCAAAUUACUGCACGCACUGUGCUGCACUGCCGCUGCAAGCCAGAGCGCUGCAUCUGGCUAUAGCACACACCACCAACCAGUCUAGACACUCUCGGUAAUGCUGGGAUGCCCUGCCAUUGCCAAGUGUCCAUCUCAAACAACUGGAGCAAAAGGGACUAGUCCAAAAAAAAACUCUCUUUAUUAAUUGACCUACAUUUUGGUCUGGGGUAAGAUCUUGUCCACAUGAAAUGCCUGCAUAUAUAUCUUAUUUAUUGUACGUUUUUAACUGUGUCAUUUCUUAAUCUUUUAUAUAUUAUAAAUACCUGAAGGUAUAAGUUGCCUUCCUGCUGAAAUGAAAAAUGGUUUAUCAUGCAUCUAAUUGUCUUAAUUGCAAGACAAGGACUGACACAAGUGAAUUUACUAUAGCUUGCUUUUAGAGAAAUAUUUUCUCCAAGUGGAAAGACAUUUUUAUUGCGAAUGAUGAAGUAUGCUGAAGCUGUUCUUACCUUUGUGUGGUGGGGACGUGUGGAUACAGCAAUUUAAUGUGUUCAAAUAAGAGGACAAGAAGUAUAUUGUUGGAUUAUAUAUUUUAUAUCAGAUUUAGAGAAUUGUGUAUGUAUAUAUCUAUAAAUGUGUACAUACAAUCUUGUGCCGCUAUGGAUGGUGCAGCCAAUGUUUUAGGAAUAAAGUACGUCAACCUGA